AUGCGCGCCACUACCGCUGCCGCCAUUCUGGCAUUCUGUGCCAACUGGGCGAUCGCUGCUCCAAUCCGCGAAGCAACUCUAGACGAGUUGACCACCGAGCUCUGCAAGUCCCUUGUAUUCCCAGACGUAUCUCCACCGACCCAAGCGGAGCAAAAGUGCAACGAGCUACUCGGCGAGGUCAAAGGCGACAUUCGGGAGCUUCCAAAGCUCCCAGUCGUUAACCGCUGCGCCGAAGGCCUUCCCAAAGAUCUCUCCAUAGACCUCCCCGACAUUCCCGACCUUAGGGAGAUAGCGAGCCGCUCGCCGGAGACGGAAGAGGAUCUAAGCCAUCUCACCGCAGAGAAGUGCAAGAACAUGGCCUUUCUCGCCGUAAUGCCCCCAACAGCGGCCGAAUUGAAAUGCCGCGAACUCCUCAAAGAAUCCCCGAACGUCCUUGCCUGCGAGGAUGAAGAUGACCUCAGCCACCUUACCAAGGAAAUCUGCGAGAACUCCGCCUUCCAAAUGAAUUUCCCACCCACACCCGCCGAGCUCAAAUGCCGUGAGAUUCUUGGUCUCGACCCGGAAAUCGGCCUGCCACAAAGCGCGACGUCACCUCUCCGUCAAGCGCACAACCGUCGAGGAGCUGACGGGUGA